CACGACCGGCCGGUCCAAGUUCAACCCUCUACAAACCACAAGACUCUUUUCAUUGUUUGUGUGUAUAUACAUACUACUAAUUCUGUUUGACCUACGUCCUCUUUGCAUACCCGUGUAUUUUAUUGACGAGCCCAGACAAUACCCUGGGGGCGCACCUGGAAACGUCCAAAACGCGACACUUGUACGAUUAGACCUCACGCCGAGACUCACUUUGCACCCUCCAAACCAAUCUUGAACCUUUCUGCCGCGCGCCCACGACAAGGUUGGCACCUCUACGCUCCCUUUUCUAGAGGGGUUUCUGCCGGUCUUGUGACAGAUCUGUCCCAGACAACGAUGCGCCGAGGCUGCGGCCCUCAGGAACAAGUUCGCGACGACAACAAUGGGAUGGCCACGGAGUUCAUCAUUGGGCAUAGACAACGCAACCUCCAUGGCACGGAUACGGAGCCGAGGAGAAUCAGAUCUCGAGAAGGAAGGAUUUCUCAACCGUCACCCACACAGCAGCGAAGACGAUAGCAACGACACCUUCGAGGACGAAGAAGGAAACCCCUCGGUCGCGUCGUCGCGGGCCACCUCUGCCUCCUACAGGCCCAUGCUCAUCAACAAAGCCUACAGUUCCAAUCGAUCCUCCUCCCCGUCCUACCUCGGCAGGAUGCCUCGAUCAAUUAUGCGUUAUCUCUGCCUGGGCGUCGCCCUCACCCUGCUCAUCUUCAUCUUCUCGCUGGUGCGAAUGAGUUACGUCGCUGAACAGGAGGUGCAGGAAGCUAUUGAACAAGAAAAGAUGAAGCCUAAACCCCCGCCCUGGGAAGAUUUCCCGUUCCUGCAAAGAUAUUACGGCGGCAUACGAUCAUUGGUCCCGGUCGGGAGUAACGUGCCCGAAUACCCCAGAAAGGAGGACGAGGUGGAAUGGGAGAAAUUGAACAUCACUGAAGAGGUGGUCGAGAACUUGGCGCCAGAGGACCCUUCCACCGGAAAGGAAAGGAGAAAGAGAGCCAUCCAAUCCAGCAAGAGAUUCGAACCAUAUCCCAACUACACUUCGCCUGAAUACAUUGCCAAAUACGGUGAAAAGGUGGAUUGUUACCUGGAUGCCGAGAAUACCAUCGAGAUCCCACGGGUACGGAUGUAUGAGGGCGUCCCACGGGGGUUUCCGGAUAUGGUCAUGGGUUCUGCGAAAAUUCUGGGACUUCGGGACGACAUCUGCUAUGAUCGCUUUGGUCGCUUGGGACCGUACGGCCUUGGAUACAGCAUCAACCGAGGUGGAAGCGGUGCUCAGCAGGAAGGCGAAAGAGAAGGGGCUGACCUAGUGUGGCAGGAAGCGCCCGAGGUGGAUUGGAGGAAUGUUCACUGGGCCGACGCUCAGCAACGAUGUGUUUUGGCAAACAAUCACCGUUUCAAGGAACUACCCGAAAAGCCACGGAUCGACACCUUUCGAGUAAUGCCGGUCGGCACCGUCUACAACAAGAGAGAUGAGGUUGUGGAGGUCGAGGCCAUGCCGACAAAGGCACCGGAGGCGCCGAAGAAACCCAAAACCGGGUCAGAAAGACUUCCUCGGACAGCGGUUGUGAUCCGCACCUGGUGGGAUUACCCGUACACGCCAGAAGACAAGAUCUACCUUCGGUCUUUGAUUUCAGAGCUGACCAUGUUGAGCGGCGGAGAGUAUGUUGUGCAUUUCCUGGUCCAGGUCAAGUCCAACGACGUGCCCAUAUUCUCGGACGACGAGACCUACGAGCGUGUUCUGCGAGACUCAUUGCCCGAAGAAUUCCGUGGCAUGGGCACCCUCUGGACGGAGAAGCAAAUGGAGCUCAUGUAUGGUGGCCUGGAAGAGACAAACAUGCGCGGCUUGCCCGUUCACGGGGUGUAUCGCAGCACUUUCAUGCCCAUGCAGUACUUUGCCUAUCAACAUCCCGAGUACGACUUCUUCUGGAACUGGGAGAUGGACAUUCGAACCACGCACCACUGGUAUCAUUUCUUCGACAGUAUCACGAAAUGGGCCAGACAACAACCCCGCAAACUGCUUUGGGAGAGAAACAGCCGGUUCUAUGUUCCAUCCGAACACGGCGAAUGGGAAGACUUUAGCCAAAUGGUUCGCAUCCAAACGGAACAUGGCACAAAUAGCAUCGCCAAUCUGUGGAGCAGCCUGAACCGCGCAAACAAGGAUCCUAAUGACCCGAGCUCCAAGAUUACUCCAGUCGGAGCGAUGAAACAGCAAGGCGACAGGCCAGUCUGGGGUCCUGAACGACCGUUUGAUGACGAUGUCGCAAUGGAUACCGACCCAGCUCCACCCACAUCCUUUGAAAAAGAUAAAUACACGUGGGGCGUGGGCGAAGAUGCAGACCUGAUCGUGUUUAACCCGCUGUUCGACCCCGACGGCACGACGUGGCUGCUUACGGACGAUACCACGGGUUACAACAUCACGCGUGGCCGCCCUCCGCGCCGUACGGCCAUAAUUACUGCAUCCCGCCUCUCUCGGAAGCUCCUGGUGACGAUGCACAAGGAAACGGCGCUGAAGAAACACAGCAUGUUCUCCGAAAUGUGGCCUGCCUCCUGUGCCCUGCACCACGGCCUCAAAGCCGUCUACGUGCCUCAUCCAGAAUAUAUCGACCGCAAAUGGCCGACCAACUACCUCGCCUCCGUCUUCAACGGGGGCCGCAACGGCGCCACGGGCGGCGCCCGCACCUCUGUCUUCGGCGAGCGCGAACACAACUUCCGAGGCACGACGUGGUAUUACAAUGCCGGGUUUCCCGAGGUGCUCUGGCACCGCUGGCUGGGGAUGCGGUUCAACAACGACGGCGGCGAGCAGCACGAGGUCGCCGGGGAGGGCCGGAUGUGUCUGCCGGGCAUGCUGCUGCAUCCGAUCAAGCGGGUCGAGCUGGUCCAGGAAGGGAGGAGGGCCGAUCAAACGGGAUAGACGAACGGCGGGGGCUCCUCCCAGGCCAUUCACGAUGAAAGCGGGGACGAUGGAUUUUUUUUUCUCUUGGAAUAAAAAAACAAAGCUCACAGAGUCUUGGACAUUCGCGCGUCGGUGCAACACAAUAUACAUGCCAAUCUCCUUUUUUUUUACUGCGCUGGGCCGGGCGGGGGUGUUGGUCGCUACAUCAUACAUACAUAGGUACCUCCCUGGAUAUGUACCACGGUUUGCAAUGUCGAUACGUCACCACUACGAUGUCGACGCCCCAGCAAGCAGACGAUAGCUCAACGAUAAGGCCCUCGUAGAGGUUCUGCUGCGGUGGCUUCUGGCGAGGCCUCGCUUGACGGUGUGAAGACGGAGCGCGUCUGUUCAUUCACGCUGGGGAUCACUGCGACUGGUGGAUUGUUGUCCUAUUGUAGUACAGAAUCUUUCACAUCUCCCAAAACCAUCGAUGAGGUGUUAGAAAGGUUGGGGAAUGGCCAACGUUUAUCAAAG